AUGGGGAAAAACCGACACGGUAUCGAAAUGUUUCGAAACGUGGUUGACGAUACGGCAUCACUAUCAGCAUCGGUGGCUGCAGUAGCCGCGAACGCAGCAAACUCGAUAGCUUCAGACGUCGUCGGUGGCUCGAUUGGAGGCGUGGGUGUUCCAUCGGCUUACGGGAAACAAGAUUUUUACGAUAGUGCGUCAUUGCGUUACAGAGUGCAUACAUUUCAACUGACACUCCUACUACUUCAGUGUGGGCAAACAUUUGCUGUGCAAGCCGCAGUGAGAACUGUUUUACCACCUUUGGCUCAUCAUAUCUCGAUUCAUAUCAUACUGCGACCAUCCCUGACGAGAUGCCAGAACCGACCAACCGUCGAAGGGAUGAUCGAGAAACGACGAUUGCGAUGGUUGUUUGGUGUCAUGCGUGUCCAAUGA